AUGUACAUGGGGAAAGUUUUCAGAGGAGAGCUAUUACUUGACGAGUUGGCUUAUGUUGUCAGUGUUUAUGUGGUUACUGUGCAAUCUUUCCUUUUGAUCCUACUGGGAACUGGGGAAGAUAUAUCGGAGUAUAUAUUUUUGAGACUUACAGCAGGCAAUAAACUAAUAGACGCAUUACCAGAUGGUAAGCAAUCGGUUCCGCCCAUGGACAUUCACAAUAUCAUGGGGGGUUGGUUGGAAACCGUUGGAUUAGGUCGUUUGCAACUGCGUUCUGCGAGAUCAGAUAUAUCGCAGAAACCGUGCUGUAUGACCUCUUUAAAAUAUAGUCCAAUUGGGCUAAACACAUUUGCAGCGGUACUGAGCACAACUUGGUCGUACUUCUCUCUGGCUUCGAGUCUAUACGAAAGUGAAACUUGA